AUGCAGGAGGAGGAGGAGUCUUCUGUCUGGAAGGAAAAAGAAGAUCCAGGGAAGACAGAGUCCUCCGAGCUAGAGGAAGAGAGAGAAGAGGAUUCGGAACUGGAGGGGGUGGAAAAGGCCUCUGAAUUUGAGGGAGAAGGAGACGAGGCCUCAGUUCUGGAGGCAGAAGAAGAAGAAACCUCCGGGCUGGAGGAGGAAGAAGAGGAAGGGGAGGAGGAGGAAGAGGGAGAUGAAGAUGAGGGGGAUGAAGAGGCCUCUGGGUUGGAGGAAGAGGAAGAAGAGUGGGCAUUUGACUCAAGCUAUCACCAUCACUCCAUGGUGGUUUCAGAGCCCGGAGUAGAGGAGAUAGCUAUGGUUGGACUGGAGGUGACAGCUGUGCCCCGCAGUCAAAGAAGUGGAGUGCUCUGUCCACCCUCCGCCUUCGCCUCUGGCUUCGAAUCCGUAGAGAUUAGUUCUGAUGAGCAGAAGCAUCACUCAUGGACCGAUGAGAGUAUUGCAUCCGGAAUCAUCCGUCUCUUAAACAACACCGAGGAAGACGAGAGAGACAAAACGUCCCACACGGCAGAGCUCGUGUCCAAAGGUGCUGACUCAGCGCAAGAGCCCAAAGACUUCGGAAGCGUUAUUAGUAUCUUCAAAGAGCUACAAGAAGGAAUCGGGAAUAUUAAACAUUACCACCCAGAAGUCUUGCAGAUAAAGAACUCAAUCGACGCCCUGAAUAGCAGAAUAGAUGUUUUUGAGGUGAGGAUGAACAAUCUAGAAGAUCAGAUUGAAGAUGGAUCCAGGAACUCCGUGGAUCCGAUCCAAAUGGCCAAGCACAUCAUCAACAAAGAGAGGCUUAGAGAUAUCGAGGACACAUCCAGGAGUGCCAAUAUCCGUUUGAUUGGGAUUCCCGAAAAUUAUAAUAAAGAAAAUGGAGCAGAGGAUAUCAUCAAGGAAAUAAUCGAAGAAAACUUCCCGGAACUCAAAAGAGAUUCCAGUCUGGAGAUUGUCAGUGCCUACCGCGUCCCCAGUAAGUUUGAUGAAAAUAGACUCACUCCUAGACACAUCUUAGUGAAGUUUUGGAAUUCUCAUGACAAGGAGAAAAUCUUGCGGCUUUCCAGAGAGAGAGAAGAGAUCACCUACAGAGGAACGAGAAUCCGGCUGACAGCCGACUUAUCACUGGGUACUCUGGAUGCCAGAAGCAAAUGGGCCAACAUCAUCCGAGUUCUACAGGAAGAAGGCUUUAAGCCUAGGAUCCUCUACCCCGCCAAACUGGCAUUUAAUUUUGAAGGCAAAACGAAGAUCUUUUUUGAUAUUGAAGAAUUCAAAGACUUUAUUUUUUGCAUACCCUCUUUAAAAGGAUUACUGGAGAAUAUACUUUAGCAAUCGGGAGUGACUCUAAAUACUUAAAUUUCUGUUUCCCUUCCAUGCCCAAAUGAAACAAGGGAAACUAGAAAAUAAAAUGCUAUACCUCUCCAGGGUGACGGACAAUUUAAAAGUGUGCUUAAGGACGGGGCAAGGGUCAUAUAUUAAACAGAUGUUGGUCAAGUUAAAGGGUAUAUUAAAAAAUGGGUGGUAACCACGUAGCUUAUGUAGAAAUAAGUUUUCUAAAUCACUGUGGGA